AUUAUUUUAAUUUUAAUUAGUUUUGGAGACACAGGUGAUAUGCAUCGCAGAAAAAUUAUUAAACCUACAUCGAAAAUCAAUGAAGAAGAGUUAACUCAAGAAUAUUGGAUAAAUCAAGCACAAGAUUUUCUCGAUAUGAAAUAUAACACAAAAAUUAAUACGAACCAAGCGAAGAAUAUAAUCUUCUUUUUGGGCGAUGGAUUAUCCAUCCCAACUUUAAAAGCUACCAGAAUCUAUUACGGCCAAGAAAUAUUAAAAACUCAGCACGAAGAAGCCCCUUUAUAUUUCGAAGAAUUUCCUUAUUCAGCACUUUCCAGAACUUAUUGUGUUGAUACCCAAGUUCCUGAUUCAGCCUGCACAGCAACUGCAUUCCUUUGCGGUAUUAAAGCUAACUAUGACACAGCUGGUGUUACAGCUUCCGUUAAUUUAGCAAAUUGCACAGCGAGUUUGGAAGAAAAGAAUCGAGUUGACUCCAUCGCCAGAUGGUUUCAAUUGGAUGGUAAAAAAAGUGGGUUGGUUACAACGACAAGAGUUACUCAUGCAACCCCAUCAGCAAUUUAUGCCCACACAGCACAUAGAAAUUGGGAAUGUGACGUUGCAGAAUAUUUCGAUGAAACCGAACCAAUGCCCGAAGAUUGCCAAGAUAUAGCGGUACAAUUAAUUGAAUCUGAAACCGGUAAAAAUUUAAACGUAAUUAUGGGCGGUGGGAGAAGAAUGUUUUUCCCAGAAACUGAAAAUGGUCCAGAAGAUGAUCCAGGAAAAAGAAAAGAUAGUAAAAACUUAAUUAAUCAAUGGUUAGAACAAAAAGAAAAAGAUGGCUUUAAAGAAACAUCACAAUAUAUUUGGAAUAAAUCCCAAUUAAAAUCGUUACCCAACGAAAUCGAUUAUGUUUUUGGAUUAUUCGAAAGCUCCCAUUGUGCGUAUCAUUUAGACGCAAACGAUGAAGAUCCUUCGUUAGAAGAAAUGACGGAAGUUGCGAUUAAUAUUUUAUCGAAAGAAAAUAAAGGUUUCUUUUUGUUGGUGGAAGGUGGAAGAAUUGAUCACGCCCACCACGAUAAUUUAGCGAUGAAAGCUUUAGAUGAAACCGUUGAAUUUGCAAAAGCUAUUCAAAAAGCCAAAGAAAUGACCAACGAAGAAGAUACUUUAAUUGUAGUCACCGCCGAUCAUGCCCAUUCUUUUACAGUUAACGGUUAUCCAUCCAGAGGAAACAACAUUUUUGGAAUAGCCGAUAUAGCCGAUGAUAAUAAAGGAUAUUCGACUUUAAGCUACGCGAAUGGACCUGGUUAUAAAGAUUACGACGAAAAUGGAAGACCUGAUUAUAGAGAAGACGAUUUAAGUGGAAAGGACGCAAUGUUUCCGGCAAUGGCUCCGUUAGAUUCUGAGACCCAUGGAGGUGAUGACGUUGCAAUUUUUGCUACUGGCCCUUGGGCACAUCUUUUUACCGGUUCGGUUGAACAAAAUUAUAUCCCCCAUGCAAUGGCUUUUGCCGCUUGCGUUGGAAAUGGUCACACCAUGUGUUCGAAAGGUUCUGGUACCAACAUUCAAGCGUUAUCUAUAAGCUUCUAUUCACUGUUAACAAUAUCAUAUUACUUUUAUUGUAAAUAAUAUAAUUGAAGAAAAAUAUGAUUAAUUUUUUUCCGUUUAAA